UCUUUUUUUUCCUCCUUUCCUUCCCCCCUCUCCCCUUCUGGCACCCCUCCGACCCCUGUCUUAGUGCGGGGCGCGGGGGGAAAAGGAGAAGGUUGCGGUGAGUCGCUAGAGGAUGGAAGACUCGGAACGUCAAAGUCCCCUAGAUUCCGGCAGCGAUGCGGAGAGCCUUCCCGUCUCCCCGCAACACACCCCCGCAUCCCCCGCCGGUCCUUGCCUGCCCCUCGCUCCUCCCCAGCACCAGCAGCCCCCGCAGCAGCCCCCGCAGCAUCCGCACCCGCCGCCCCCGGGGCAUCACCGCACCACCAACUUUUUCAUUGACAAUAUCUUGAGACCGGACUUCGGCUGCAAGAAACUCCAACAGCAGCAGACCCUGGAGGCGGCGGGAGGAGAAGAGGGAGGAGAAGGAGGAGGUCGGGGAGAUGGAGAGAGGGGUCAGACCCCCGCCGGGAGAGACCCCUCCAACGCGGUGGGGACCAGGCGGGUCCCCGCGGCCUCCCUGCGCUGCCCGGGGGAUGCGGACUGUUCCACGCCCGACGGCUCCCCGGGCCGGGCCUCCAAAUCCCAGGACGGGAACGGGAGCGGGAGCGGGAGCGGUGUCAGUCCGGGAAUCCCGGGGGUGAAGUUCGCCGACCCGGGCAAUUCGGCCAUUCUGCUCAUGGGUUCGGCCAACGGCGGGGCGGUGGUCAAGAGCGACUCCCAGCAACCGCUGGUCUGGCCGGCCUGGGUCUACUGCACGCGCUACUCCGACCGUCCAUCCUCCGGACCCCGCACCCGAAAGCUGAAGAAGAAGAAGAGCGAGAAAGAAGACAAGCGUCCCCGCACGGCUUUCACGGCCGAGCAGUUGCAGAGGCUGAAGGCGGAAUUCCAGGCCAACCGUUACAUCACGGAGCAGCGGCGGCAGAGCCUGGCCCAGGAGCUCAGCCUCAACGAAUCCCAAAUCAAGAUCUGGUUCCAGAACAAGCGGGCCAAGAUCAAGAAGGCCACGGGCAUCAAGAACGGGCUGGCGCUGCAUCUCAUGGCCCAGGGACUCUAUAAUCACUCGACCACCACGGUGCAGGACAAAGAGGAGAGCGACUGA